GCAAACAUCUCAUUCAACACGAUCUUAUUAUAAAAGCACACCAGCAUUACCCAUAUAGAGCUUAAGAAAAAACAUCUCAUAGUUUCUAACACAUUUAAGACUGCUCUUUACUCUUAGCAAUGUCAUCAUCAUCAUCUGUUCCUGAUUACUUGAGAGAUGAAAAUCUGACACAAAAAACAAAAGAUCUGAUUUCUUCUCUUCCAAGCGAGAAAGGUUGGUUGGUCUGUCAAAUGUAUCAGUUCCAAGGACGUUGGCACACACAAGCGCUACUACAAGGAAUCUUGACUUGCCAAAAACACUUUGAGGCCAAAGAUUCCGACAUUAUCCUCGUCACCAAUCCAAAAUCAGGUACCACUUGGUUAAAGGCUCUUGUCUUUGCUCUCAUUAACCGACACAAGUUUCCAGUUUAUUCUGGUGAUCAUCCUCUUCUUGUUACCAAUCCGCACUCCCUUGUGCCUUUCUUGGAAGGAGUUUACUACGAAUCUCCAGAUUUCGAUUUCUCCCAGUUGUCUUCUCCAAGACUCAUGAACACGCACAUAUCACAUCUUUCGCUGCCCGAGUCCGUUAAAAGCUCGUCUUGUAAGAUUGUGUACUGUUGUAGGAACCCUAAGGACAUGUUUGUGUCCUUAUGGCAUUUUGGGAAGAAACUUGCUCCUGAAGAAACCGCUGACUAUCCUAUUGAAAAAGCAGUGGAAGCGUUUUGUCAAGGGAAAUUUAUAGGUGGACCCUUUUGGGAUCAUGUGUUGGAGUAUUGGUAUGCGAGUCUCGAGAACCCGAACAAGGUCUUGUUUGUUUCUUAUGAGGAGCCCAAGAAAAAAACCGGAGAGACGAUCAAGAGAAUAGCUGAAUUCUUGGGAUGUGGUUUUGUUGGAGAAGAAGAAGUUAGAGCGAUUGUGAAGUUGUGUAGCUUUGAGAGCUUAAGUAGUUUGGAAGUUAAUAGGGAAGGGAAGUUGCCAAGUGGAAUGGAGACCAGAGCUUUCUUUAGAAAAGGAGAGGUUGGAGGAUGGAGAGAUACUUUGACUGAGUCCUUGGCUGAGGUGAUAGAUAGAACCAUUGAAGAGAAGUUUCAAGGUUCCGGUCUCAAAUUUUCUUGCUGAAAUCAAUCUUUGAAUUUUCAUUCUUUUAAUAAUAUUGCUUUCUUCGAGCUUGUGAGUUUUAUUGUUUUUGAUUAUUUUAUGUUUGUUUUGUUGUUGUUUUGUGGUUCUGGACCUGUGGUAUGAAUAAAACUGAAUCAUGUUUAAA